CAAGCAAGGCUGUGUUUUGCUCCAAUCGACCUUCGCAAGGCAUCUUUAGCCUUGGCGGAAUACCAGGAAUUGGAGAUGGGGCUGAAGACACUUGAGAGUUCGUACCAUGAGGCUGAAAGGGGCGGGGGGAUUUCCCCUUUUGACGCGAAGCUCAAAACAAAAUACCAGUUUCAAAGGACGAUGUCGGGAUUUGAAAUUGUUGGUAUAAUUGCAGGCGCCAGCCAACUUGUUGACCUUGGGACCCGCUUAUCAUGCAAGCUCGUUCGCUGCUAUUUGGGGGCUAAAUCCUCAGAUACCUAUCUUCAGCAUCUUGCAAAUGACGUCGCUUUAACAUCUAGUAUACUCGCCGACUUGAAAGAAAAUUUCGGAGACAGCGAACAUGCUCAACUAUAUUCCCCCAUGGCACUCAAGGCAGCAGAAGAGACUGUUGCUGAGUGUACAGCUGUAUUUAAAGAAAUUGAGAGAAAAAGUGACCACGCGGGUUUGAAACACAAAAUGACCCGGUGGCAGAGAGCAAAAAGAGGAUUCAGCAUCAUGAGACAAGAGUCGGAUUUGAGUGCCCUCGGUAACAGGCUACAUGACCUGAAGUUAAAUAUGAUCCUCUUAGUUCAGACGUCCAUAUCUGCCGCACAACACAGACGUCAUUGUGAACAAAGUAUAUUGAAGGAUGGCCGUGAUCUUCUCAGAGCUGUGCUAGACGAAAUGGAAAGCAGCAAGGCAGGAUUCAACUCCCCGGGUUUAAAUCUUCAAUCAUCGCAAGCUGGUAGAUCGGCCGAGGCCUCGGGGUUAAAGGGCCGUUUACCGUUCAAGCUUCGAAGCUACUAUGACUUGAUGAAAGGUAUAUUGGAAGCUAUCGACAGCGCAAGGGAUUUACGGGACCGAGCCCGUCAACACCGGCUGCGUAAUGGAGUUUUGAAAAUCCAUGCUAUUGAAGCCAAAUUGUUUCGGCAGAAGUAUGGAAUCUGGACCAGGAAAGUUUUUGCCGGUCAUCUUUUCCAAAGGAAACGAAAGCGGAUGGGGACAAAGUGUCUAAGGGCUGUCAGAGUGGUUCAUCAUCUUGAUGCAAUUGGACCUAUUGAGGCGCGCGACAGUACUUACAGCUCAGAUAUAGAGGAACCUCCCGAAACAGCGGAUAUAGCUUUGAGUGGAGUGGAACGCUUACUACUAGAGUGGACAACAUUGACAUUGGAGGAAAUACAGCAGAAACAGAGCUUGGAUUAG